CCAUCGGCGGGCAUGCUUUCUUUGAACUAUGAAGACUUGGGGUUGGACAUUGAUGCCAACGACAAUUCGCGGGGAGUGGGGAGCCUUGGAUCUCCCUCGGGUGUACUCGGCGAUGCCAUGCUUGAAAAGAAUGAUGAUGAAAACAAUAUGGACCUCGACAUGAACAACUUGUUAGGAAACGACGAGCUGUUCUUGGACGGUCUUAACAUGAACUUUAUCGAAUCGGGGGCAGACAACGCCGGUUCCAGCGGACAAAUACCCAAUGAUGGGGAAUUUGAUGUUGAUAAUUUCUUGAGUCAAUUUGGGGGGAGUGACUAGCGCGUGUAGAUGUAUGUACAGAUGUACAGAUGUACGGAUGUGCACAUAUAUACAUACAUAUACACAAACACAUACACAUAUACAUACACAUAUACAUGC